AUGGUGUCGACUAUUCUCUUCAUGAUAUUGGAUGCUGUUGGAAUGUACACCGAAAAGAUCUUUCGUCACAAUCAACGAGCAGUUUGCAGUACUGAAACGGCCACCAAUUCGACUUUUCACAUAGCCACUCAUUAUGCUUUUACCGUGUACACCGGAGUGGCUAGCGGACUCAUCAAUAUUCUCGGCACAAUCACGCUUAUGAUAGCUUUCUUUGUUUUUCGAGCUUCAUUAAUCAAACUACUCAAGCCUUCUGCUAAUGACCCUUCAUCGUCUUCAAGCAAAUCAUCCAACGAAGCACCCAAAACACCCGGAAAGACCCAAAAAAGAACGAAC